AUUUUAUUUUUUUUACGCGAAAUAAAAUGGUUGACUUGGCGAGUUGUAUUUUAUUUGAAAACGAACGUGGUGUCUGGUUGAUAACCUGGGAGACAAAGCCCAGGGCAAACGCGCCGAAAUGUUUAGUAGAACCAUAGUAACCGUCAAGUAGAUUCAGCAACAAGGAAAACGUUCUGAACGGUGUUUGAAUGGAAUCAUAUUUAUAAUUUUGUCAGAUAAUUCACGUCUGUUCAAAACAUGGACGACCGUGGUCACACAAAUGAUGUUCAGGCAGAGCUGGACUCUGUGGAGGCGGAGCUGGAGUUGGUGGAGCUACAGAUCGAAGAGCUCCUUGAAAAGAAAACCCAGUUGAGUUCCCGCAAGAACGUGCUGCUGUGCAAGCUGGAGGAGGCCUGUGAUGCCGCGCCUGCAUCAUCUUCGUCAAGCCAGCCGUCUAGAACUGCUUUUGAACUGAGCAAAGAGGAAAUGCGGCAGUAUGAUGGCACAGAUUUUGCGUGGUCCAAAGAUGUGUCUCAGCACCUGAAGGAUUCAUUUCGCCUUUCCAAGUUCAGACCCCUGCAGCUGAGGGCCAUCAAUCUGACCCUGUCUGGAAAAGAUCUAUUUUUGGUGAUGCCCACUGGAAGAGGAAAAAGCCUCUGCUAUCAGCUACCUGCAAUCUGCUCCGACGGGUUUACACUGGUUGUGACUCCCCUGAUAUCGCUGAUGGAGGAUCAGCUCAUGUACCUCAAGUCCAUCAACGUGCCUGCGGUAAUGCUCAAUGCCUCUAGUGGCAAGGAACACUCUAAGACAGUUUUAGCUGGCAUGAUUGACAAGAAGGCACCAUUUAAGCUACUUUACGUGACUCCUGAGAAAAUUGCCAAGAGCAAGAUGUUUAUGUCUCGUCUGGAGAAAGCCAACAAUGCAAAUCUUCUGAGUCGCAUUGCUGUAGACGAGGUGCACUGCUGCAGCCAGUGGGGACAUGACUUCAGACCAGAUUAUAAACUGUUGGGCAUCUUGAAGCGACAGUUUCCCAAGGUCCCAGUAAUUGGGCUCACAGCUACAGCAACCAGCAGCAUCCUCAAGGACUGUGGAAAGAUCCUUUGUGUGCAACAGCCAAUCACACUCACAGCCUCAUUCAACCGAACCAAUCUCUAUUAUGAGGUUCGUGCUAAAGUUUCUGAUGCUCCAUUAAUAAAUGACAUUGCCUCACUGAUUAAGAACCGAUACAAGGACCAGUCAGGGAUCAUAUAUGUGUUCUCUCAGAAGGAUGCAGAGUCGGUGUCCUCUGAACUCCAACAGAGGGAUAUCUUGGUCGCUCCCUACCACGCCAACUUGACCCCUGACGAUAAGUCUAGCACUCAUCGCAAGUGGAGUGCUGGGAAAAUCCAGGUGGUGGUAGCCACGGUGGCAUUUGGAAUGGGAAUAGACAAGCAUGAUGUUAGGUUUGUCAUCCAUCACACCAUCAGCAAGUCAGUUGAAAACUACUACCAGGAGAGUGGACGGGCAGGUCGAGAUGAUCUUCCAGCUGACUGCAUUGUCUACUUUGGCUUUUCUGACAUCUUCCGCAUCAGCACAAUGGUAGUGAUGGAGAAUGUUGGUCAACAGAAGCUGAAUCAGAUGGUGACUUAUUGCCAGAAUGUUGACAGGUGUCGUCGCUCUCUCUUGGCAGUUUAUUUUGAUGAAGUGUGGGAUGACAAACAAUGCAACCAGAUGUGUGAUAGGUGCCGCAACGGAAAAGAUGUCCUCCCCACGGACAUUACCCAACAUGCCAGGCAGGUGGUGCAGAUUUUGGAGCAGGCAGCAUCCAUGGAUGAGAAGCUGACUCCUCUCAAGUUGGUGGAGGCCUGGAUGGGGAGGGGCCCCGCCAAGCACAGGAAGUUAAUGGAGACCACCAGACUUUCUCGACCACAGGCUGAGGAUGUGAUUGUCCACCUGCUGCUCCAAGGAUACCUCAGGGGAGAUUUCAGUUUCACACCAUACACCACCUACUUUUACUUAAUGCUGGGCCGCAAAGCUCCCCUGCUGAAGAGCCAAACACACACGCUGAGCAUGAAGAUGCGAACGACAUCGCCUCAGUCGUCAUUGGUAAAAACACAGAGAGACGGGGAAAAGCCAAAGUGGGAAAGGGAUCAGAUCAGAGUGAUGAAGACGCUCCUGUGUCCAAGAAAACCAAGAAAAAGCUCACAUAGUGCCCCCCCCCCCCCCCCCCCCCCCCCAUCCCACCCAGAGGAGAAGCUGACUAAGUACAGUCCAUCAUUCUUUAUUUCUUGCUCAUCGCAUGGCAAUCUACAGACACUGGAAUGAUUCGACUUUAACUAAUAAAUGCCUAAUUGGUACUGAGCAGCAGGAUUGGUUGAUUUCAAUUUGGCACAUCCUGGAUGCAUGAUGAUCACGGGCUCCUAUUACAAGUUACGGGAUGCGGAACCUCUAAGGUCGAACACAAUGCGUUCCGGGUUGCUGGUCUGCUUCGGAUUAGUUCGGAAAUAGUGAAGUCAUGGAAAAGAGACGUAAUCUUCUCCAGGGUCAAACAGACAGCUUUACUCGUCAUUGUUAGCAUUGUCGUAUGUCAUGAAUGUGUAAAAAAAAAAAAAAAAUUAAUAAAAUAAUGAACCACUGUUAAUAUUAGGAUGUAAAAACAAUAGUGCUACCUUAACUUCAAUGAUGAAGGGGUAAAGCGCCUCACACAAACCACAAACAGUCUUACCUUAAGUGUAAGAAGAAAUUAGGCACUGUCAAACAAAAACAAAACACUCAGGUCUUGAGUGAUGUACUGUGAUUGGUUCAGAGUUUUCGACUGAUUUUGAGGCAGAUUUUCUCUGGAAUAUAUUGCUUUUUGACAUUAGAGGUUGCACGUUGUACUGUUUUAUUCUGAAUUUCAUAGGGACAGACAUUUUAAAACAUGCACAUUGUAUAUUUAUUAACACAUUCCUGCGCAAGAGGAUAGAAAUAGGGGGGGGGGGGGGAGAUUGCUAUUAUAGGAAGUCAGAGUAUUGCAAGAAUAAAGGUGAAAUAGGACAACGUUUUUACAGGGAAAUUCCUAAUAAAAAAAGUCUGACUAAAAGCAUAAGUAAUAAAGUCAUAUACUUUUUUGUAUGAUCGUAACUUUAUUCUCAUGACAGCGUGACUUUCCUCAUUAAAUAAUGACCGUUUUCCAAUAUUCCAACUUUAUUUGCCCAACAUUCCAACUUUAUCUUUAGGAUUUUUCAUUGUAAUUCAGCCUUUUUUUCUUCUUCUCCCCAGUGUGGCCCUGUUGCUCCUUUUGUCAAUUUAAAAUGAGAUUUGGAUUAAAUCUAAAUAUCUGAUAUUAUUUUAUUCACAACAAGUUACCUUGCUCGUUUGGAAUCCCAGACACUAACGUCACUAACAUUCUAAUAAUCACAAUGGCUCUGCUUAUGGUGUUCUCUUCUCACGCAAUAGGGAAUCAUCCAAUCCACCGAUCUUUACACCUUGCUACAUUUGAUUUAAAAUGCCAAUAAUGGUUUGAGUAAUUUGUGUCUUUAAUGCUAUCAUAACAUUUUGGGAUAAACUUGCAACAAUUCUAUGCUGAUACUGGUUUUCAUUGUGACAGGAUGUGCCAGCUCCCAGUGAGGAGAUCAUUGAUAAGGUCUUACACUCUUUUGUUAAGGAAAACCGCUGUCUCCCCCAAUCGAAGCAGAAACAAUUUAAAGCAUACAAGGACCUGUCGAGGAAACCUAACGUAAACCCGACUGA